AGAAUAAAACACGAGGAACCAGAAACCUGCAGAAUAAAACAAGAAGAACAAGGAGAGUUUAUUGAAGAAAGCGAGGAGAACGAGGUACUGAGUAAAGAUAAGGAGAAACAUCAUGACAAAAAUGGAGAAAAACCUUGGUCUCAAACCAAACAGAAAGAUUUAGAGAAAAGAAGCUAUAAAUUUUUCACCUGUCCUCAAUGUGGAAAGAGUUUCACAAGAAAAAAUAGUUAUGUGCUUCACAUGAGAGUUCAUACUGGAGAGAAACCGUACACAUGUGAUCAGUGUGGGAAGAGUUUCACACGAUCAGCAUACCUUAAAUAUCACAUGAACAUCCACACUGGAGAGAAACCAUACAAGUGUUCACACUGUGACAAGAGAUGCAGUUUGUUAAGAGACAUAAAAAGACAUGAGAGGAUCCACACAGGAGAGAAACCGUACACAUGUGAUCAGUGUGGGAGGAGUUUCACACAAUUAGGACACCUUAAACAUCACAUGAACAUCCACACUGGAGAGAAACCAUACAAGUGUUCACACUGUGACAAGAGAUUCAGUCGGAUAGGAGCCAUAAAAACACAUGAGAGGAUCCACACAGGAGAGAAACCGUACACAUGUGAUCAGUGUGGGAAGAGUUUCACACGAUCAGCAUACCUUAAACAUCACAUGAACAUCCACACUGGAGAGAAACCAUACGAGUGUUCACACUGUGACAAGAGAUUCAGUUUGUUAAGAGACAUAAAAAGACAUGAGAGGAUCCACACAGGAGAGAAACCGUACACAUGUGAUCAGUGUGGGAAAAGUUUCACACGAUCAGGAACGCUUAAAUAUCACAUGGACAUGCACACUGGAGAGAAACCAUACAAGUGUUCAUACUGUGACAAGAGAUUCUGUCGGUCAGGAGAAAUAAAAAUACAUGAGAGGACCCACACUAGAGAGAAACCUUACACAUGUGAUCAGUGUGGGAAAAGUUUCACACGAUCAGGAACGCUUAAAUAUCACAUGGACAUCCACACUGGAGAGAAACCAUACAAGUGUUCAUACUGUGACAAGAGAUUUAGUCGGUCAGGGGACCUAAAAACACAUGAAAGGAUCCACACUGGAGAGAAACCUUACACAUGUGAUCAGUGCGGGAAGAGUUACACACGAUUAUUAUGCCUUAAGAAACACAUGAACAUCCACACUGGAAAGGAACCUUAUAAGUGUUCACACUGUGACAAGAGAUUCGGUCUUUUAUCACAUCUGAAAACACAUGAGAGGAUCCACACUGGAGAGAGACCAUAUCACUGCACUGAUUGUGGGAAGUGUUUCAAACAUUCAUCAUCUUUACACAGUCAUACAAAAAAAACUAUCACAUUGAUUGAAGAAAACAAGGAGCAAAAGGAAUCAAGUGAAGUCGAGGAGAAAAAUCAUGUCAAAACUGGAGACAAAAUUUAGGGUUGCUCUCAAACCAAAUUGAAAGAAAAGAAGAGCCAAGAAAUCUUUCACCUGCACCCUGUGUGGAAAGAGUUUGACAAACAAAAGUCUUGAGCAUCACUUGAGAGUUUAUACUGGAGAGAAGCUGCAUGCAUGUGAUCAGUGCAGCAAAACGUUUUUGUGGGCUUCAGUUCUGAAGAAACACCUGAAAAGGAGAAGCCACAUUCAUGUAAUUUGUGUUGCAACAGUUUUUUUGUGUCUACAAAAUUUUAAGUAGGUCAGAAAAUACAUACUGCUGUGAGAAGAGUACAUGUGCUUUGAGUGUGACAUCAACAAGACCAGCAGAUUCAGAUCAUUUCCAUUUAAUCAUUUAGCAGACGCUUUUAUACAAAACGACUUACAAAUGAGAACAAUAGAAGCAAUCAGAUCAACGAGAACAACAACAGUAUACAAGUGCUAUGACAAGUCUCAGUUAGUCUAACACAGAACCCGUAGCUAAGGUUUUUUUUUUUUUAAGAAUAUGAUAAACAAGAAAAGGUGAGUGCUAGUAUUAGUUGGUCAAGUGCCGGAGAAAAAGUUUAGUCUUUAGAGUAAAGACUCAGCUGUUCGAAUUGAGACUGGGAGGUCAUUCCACCAGCUGGGCGCAGUCCAGGAAAAGGUCAGUGAGAGUGAUUUUGAACCUCUUUGGGAUGGUUCAAAUCAAACUCAGAUCAGUUCAGAUCAACUCAAGUUGAACUUUGAGUUCAGAUCAACUCAGAGAUGGAGUUCCUCCCCAAAGAACAAUGUCACAAAGUUUUAUUGUUGUAUAUCAGUAUGUUUCAUGAUUAUGAUGUCAUUGUGCUUUUUUAUGAGUUUCAUUUAAUUAAUGUUCAGUUCAUUCUUAUAAUGCAUAUCACUUGUAGUUUGCUUACGUUUUCACGAAGGAAAGUAGAAGCUAUUACAAACUGUUCUGCUGAAGAAGAGGCUGUAACACCUUUAAGAGACACCAUUUUUUAAUUAAUUCUUCCUUGUUAUUUUUAAAACAAGUUAUUCUUCUUUGGUAUAUUUAGAAAACGCAGGUGCGAUAUAUACUGUCAUGUAGAUUUGCAAUUGAUCCUUAUUUGCUUCUCUUUCCGUAGGAAUGAAUGUUUGAACUCAAUAAUGAGCCCUGGGGCUAAAAUAUGAAAGACUGUGAUAUCAGCUCUAAUGUUAACUGUUCUGAUUUUGGUGCUGGGGAAAUGAAGGAAAUACACUUACAAUUUAUUAUUGGUAUAUAAAUAUUAUCAAGCUGACUGUAUCUUGCAAACUGUUUCUACAUGUGAUAAUAUCCAGAUAUCUGUCUGCGAUGCGUUUUAAUUUUUUUGCAAUCCAGAAGCAAGAUCUAUUGUACUUUAGGGCUGUGUGAUUAAUUAAAUUUUUGAUUGAGUUUGACUUCCGAGGAUUAUGAAAACAAGUUGUUUGACUUAAUGUGAUAUAUUAGAGACAAUUUCCAAAUACAUGUGUUUCAGAUAAAUGUUACACCAUAUUGCUGUUGCUGUUGUUCUUUCAGUGAGCGAAUUUAAAG